UCCGCGACAGACGUCAGGCGCAAUGUUGAGUCUUACCACUUCGAGCUUUACCCUCGAGCGUGUAGGACCAGUGUAAAUCCGCGCGGGAUCAAACGAUAUCGGAGAUUCCGAGCAAAGGAGUCCCGGAUACUUUUGUUUCCCGCCUCCGCAACGCCCCCGUCGAGAUCAUCGGUAACGUUCUCCGUUUCCCCGAACUCCCUCUUCGGUGGACGAUGUCGAAAUCGGGCGGGAUGUGGUAUCGCCUGUUGAACGUUUGCGGCCGCGAUAGAAGGGAAGAAGAGACGGCGGCAAACUGCAGUCAUAUCGCACCGGAAGGUACCGCGAAACCUGAGGACAACGAGCUGCGACAGGAAUUGUGUCACAACACGGCGGAAUGCAACGCGAGAGACGGGAAGACAACGGCCAAAGAGGAGAGGAAGCAGGAGGAGAAGGAGGAGGAGGAGAACGCGGACGAGGAAGAGGACGACGACGAGGACGAGGACGAGGAUGAGGAAUAUGAUCGUUAUAACAAGAAUUUGAUCAAAGUGGACCAGCAACAACUGAUGUUAUCCCGAUUGCAGCUGAGCAGCACGCAAGCUGACGGACAACCUAGUACAAGUUCAAUUCACAUGUCGGAAUCUCCUUGCAAAGAUCAGAGACAAGCGGACAGCACGAGCUCGGUUCGCGUUUCGGAAUCUCCGUUUAAAGAGCAGAGCAGGGUGUACAAGAAAUCUUCGCCAAACAACAAGAUGACACUUUAUCUCGUUAACAGAGACCUUGUCGUCUGUGAUCCAGGCCAAAUUGACAAACUUCAGGGUGUUAUUCUGGUCCAUCCCGAAUACAAGGAGAAAAAAGUGUACGGUCAGGUGACGCUGACCUUCCGCUACGGGCGAGAAGACGAGGAGGUGAUGGGUCUGAAAUUUUGCAACGAAGCGGUUCUGUGCCUGUCCCAACUUUAUCCGCCUCACCGAGAAGCUGAUCACGAUAUUAUUCCGUUGCAGAGAACGCUUGUCGAGAAAUUAGGACCCAAUGCGCAUGCAUUCACAUUGAAGAUUACCCCGCUGGCCCCCCCGUCCGUGCAACUCGUACCCGCGAAGGAAUACGUUGGCGCACCUAUAGGAAUCAUCUACGACGUUCGAGUUUACGUCGCGGAACUGCCGGACGAGAAGCUGUGCUACAAGUCCUGCGUCAGAAUGGGCAUCCGGGUGAUUCAGCGUAAUACAAAACCGUCUUCGUUACCCGCAACGACCAACACGUACAGCCUGCUACCGUCGCAAAUGUCGUUCAUCGGCUCGAGAAUUAAGUCAUGCAAAACGAGGAUAGUGUUCGAAAACGAGAUUAUCCAGAACGACGAUAACGUGGGACCGCACGCGGCCGUGGAAAAGCAAUUUUUGCUGAGCGACGGACGCAUUGGAUUAGAAGCGAGGCUCAAUCGCGCGAUUUACGCUCACGGGGACGCGAUCACCGUCAGCGUCAGUAUUGUCAACAACAGCAGCAAGUCUGUGAGAAAAAUAAAAGUGUUCGUCGUGCAACACGUAGACGUGUGUAUGUUCAGCAACGGUACGUUUAAGAACGUCGUGGCACUAGUGGCGUCGCGGGAAGGCUGUCCUGUGAGUCCGGGCUGUUCUAUGCAGAAAAAUUACACUCUGACGCCCGCCAAGGGAUCGACGAAGAAUUGGAUCGCUCUGGAGGACAGCUACAUGACAACCGGAGCGACGUUGGCGUCGACGGUUGUUUGUUCCGAGAACAAUCCCGAGGAGAGAAACGUUUUCGCAAUUUACGUAUCUUAUUACGUGAAGGUCAAACUGUUCAUCUCAGCGAUGGGCGGUGACGUUUCUCUGAAGCUGCCCUUUACGUUAAUGCACAGCAACACGGUUCACCUCAUAGGCUUGUCCUCUCUCCCAUCCAAAGACGACGAAGUAACGUGGAUGCGGCACGAUCGAGACGACGGGGCCAAAAAUAUACAACGUAGCUGCGAACUCUGCAUACUACUACCGUUUGUUUGGCAAAUCCAAACGUUAUGUACUGGACUUUCAAAUCCGAUUAGUUGCCUGUGGCGGUGCCGGAGUAUGUGUUUCUACUUGUUCAAAUAUUUGCGUCGCGGCGAUCGAUCUGUGUCAUUUCUGUCCGGUCGCAUUAGCUGACUACGAUCGUAAUUUCGAGAGCAAGUGACACGUAAUACAUGGUAAUGGCCACUUCAAAACUGUCCCCUAAGUGCAAAGCGCCGUUAAGCCAAACGUCUCUAUACAGUUCAUGGAUUCGCGUCCGUCAAAAAAAAAAAAAACGGAAGAACUAAACUAAACUACCUUUGAUCGAUAAUAUUUUUUUAACAAACAACGAUUGACGAGAUUGUGAAAAAAAACUCUUGCGAACGCUACGCCUAGGACCAAGCGUUCUUCGUAUUUCGCUGUAAAUAAUGUAAAUAAUUCAACUCUUGAUAUUUAUAAACUUUAUAUGUGUAAGUAAAUGAAACUUGUACAUAGGAAAUUUCCCAACACACGAAUCUCGCAAAUCAUGCAGAAACUUUAUAAAGUAUAUUAUACAGUAUAUAUAUAUAUAUAUAUAUAUGCAACUAAGUUUUUUAUAUGCGCAUAAUAUAUAGUUUUUGGUAUUUAGAUAAUUUAAUAUCUCCAAUUUCCCCCACACUUCAACAAAAAUAUGAUGCGAGUUAAUAAGAAACUUUUGAACGAAUAUAUUUGGUUUUUUGAAGAAUUAUGUUGUUUCAUGUCACACACAAUCACACGCGAUUCACACAAAAUCACAUCAUAGAAUUAAGCUGUGUAUAUUAUAUACAAAAAAAAAAAAAAA